AUGAUGUCGAUGAACAGCAAACAACCUUUCAGUAUGCACCCCAUCCUCCACGAACCCAAAUAUGCUCCUCUGCACUCCAGCUCAGAGGCCAUCCGCAGGGCCUGUCUGCCCACACCGUCGCUUCAGGGCAACAUCUUCGCGGGCUUUGAUGAGCAGUUGCUGCAGAGAGCCGAGGCUCUGGCCGCUGUGGACAUCGUGGCUCAGAAGAGUCACCCGUUCAAGCCAGAUGCCACCUACCACACCAUGACCACCAUGACCAGUAUGACCUGCACCCCGACCUCCUCCUCUGCGCACUUGCACCACCCAUCGGUGCUCACCUCCCACCACCACCCGGGGCAUCACCAUCAACCAUCUCAGGGUCUUGAAGGCGAUUUGUUGGACCACCUCACACCGGGCAUCUCCCUGGGAGGCAUGCCCGGCUCAGACGUCUGCUCCACGGCAUCGCACACCGCCCACGCCGCCCACAUGUCGGCCAUCAACCACAUGCAGCAUCACCACCAUCAACAGUCCAUGAACAUGCACCCACACGCGUUGGGGUCCCACAGCUCUUUGGGUGGAGGCGGUGGAGAUGCGGAGCCCGAUCCCCGGGAGCUGGAGUCAUUCGCUGAGAGGUUCAAACAAAGGCGGAUCAAACUCGGGGUCACCCAAGCGGACGUGGGUGCUGCCCUGGCCAACCUUAAGAUCCCCGGGGUCGGAUGUCUCAGCCAGAGUACCAUCUGCAGGUUCGAGUCUCUCACGCUGUCGCAUAACAACAUGGUGGCCCUGAAGCCGAUCCUGGAGGCCUGGUUGGAGGAGGCGGAGCGGGCACAGAGAGAGAAGAUGUCCAAACCAGAGAUCUUUAACGGGGGUGACAAAAAGAGGAAACGCACGUCUAUCGCUGCCCCGGAGAAGCGCUCCCUGGAGGCUUAUUUCGCCGUACAGCCGAGGCCAUCGUCGGAGAAGAUCGCCGCAAUCGCAGAGAAACUGGACCUGAAAAAGAACGUGGUCCGGGUAUGGUUUUGCAAUCAGAGGCAAAAGCAGAAAAGGAUGAAGUUUUCUGCGACGCACUAA